AUGGCCUUCUACGACGAGCAUGGAGGCGACGCCCAAUUUGGGAGAUACAACAAGAACUUUGAAGGCCCCGUCGGUCCCCGUCGGCCUAGACUGGUCACUGAUUAUGGCUCGUCAAUGGUACAAUGGAUGCGCACACGACGACCCCGAUACCAAGGUGGGCACAGAAUGGAGGUGGAAAGACCCAGUCCGAGUUUUACAGUGGAUAUGCUUCCACCCGUUGGUCGACCCCAUUCGCCCGCUGACACAAUUCCCGUACGACAUCUUCAUCAAUCUAUCGGAAAAUCGAAGAAACCUAUCGUUGUGGUGAGAUGGACUCCCGAGGGCAGGCGGCUGUUGACCGGCGGUCACACCGGCGAGUUCAUGCUCUGGAACGGUACAGCGUUUAACUUUGAGACGGUGAUGGAUGCACACUAUGAUCAAAUCCAAGCAGGUGUGACGUCGCUAGCAUGGGCGCAUAGCCAAGACUGGCUGAUCUCGGGCGGACAAAGAGGAGAUGUGAAAUACUGGCGCCCGAACUUCAAUAACGUCGAAACCAUUGAUGAUGCUCACCAUGACGCCGUGCGAGAUCUCGCCUGGGCCCCAAGCGAUACCAAAUUCCUUUCCGCAUCUGAUGACACGACCCUCAAGAUCUUCGAUUUCACCACCCGAACCUGCGAUACCGUUCUCACGGGACACAACUGGGAUGUCAAAUCCUGCGACUGGCAUCCUACAAAGGGUUUACUGGUUUCCGGCUCCAAAGAUCACCAAGUCAAGUUCUGGGACCCCAGGACGGCCCGGUGCUUGACAACGCUUCACAGUCACAAAAACACAGUCACUGCGACUCGAUUCUCGCGGGUUAACAAUAACCUCCUUGCUACGUCGUCGCGGGAUCAGACGGCGAGAGUGUUCGAUUUGCGCAUGAUGCGGGAUAUCUGCAUUCUACGCGGUCAUGAGAAGCCGGUUUCUUCUCUGACUUGGCACCCGAUCCACAGCAAUCUGAUUUCAACUGGUGCCGAAGAUGGGUCUAUGCAUCACUAUCUACUGGACGAGCCCAACUUGCCCGCUGGUGUGGUUCCUACGGUGGCGCCGUACGACAGCCCAGACCCUGCUAAUACCCCUCCACAAGUGAUCUACCCGGCCCACCGCGUUCAAUACGCCCACGGCGCUACGAUCUGGUCACUAGAUUGGCAUCCACUAGGCCAUAUUCUUGCUUCUGGAUCCAAGGAUAACUUCACUCGAUUCUGGUCGCGGGCUCGGCCUGGCGAGACUAGCUACAUGACAGAUCGUUUCCACAUCGGUGAGGAGGCCGCUGAGGCUCAAGGAACAUGGAAUCGGGGCUUCGGUCGCAAACAGAUGCGGGAGGAUGAGGAGCAAGAAAUGCAAGAUGAAGCCGAAGGUCUGGUCGAUCAGCGACGACCUGGUGCUUCUCUCCCAGGAAUCCAGGGUGGUCCUGUAUCUCAGCUUGAUGGUCCAGGGCUGCUACCUGGUAUUGGUGCGGCCCAGCCUCCGCCUUCAGGGAUGCCAGCUGCCAUGGGUGGGAUGGACCCCGGUCGCCUAGCUGCAAUUAUGUCUUCGCAUCCCCCGCCUCCGCCACAAAACGGUCCUCCAAAUGGUGGGAUGCCCGGCUUCCCUAUGCUUCCCGGAAUGGGGGCUCCACCAAUGAACCUGGAUAUGGCACAGUUACAAAAACAAAUGAUGGCUCAAGGAAUUCAGAUGCCUCCGAACCUCAACCUCCAGAACAUGGCUGCCGCAAUGGGUGGCCUUCCUGGUCUGCAAGGUGGGAUGCCGGAUGGUGGACGUCGAUAA